AUGGCGGAAACCUCUAGAUCAGGUGGCGUUGCCGCCUCGAUUGUUUCCCUGCUGCUCCUGCUCCUCCUGGACUUGAUACCCGUCUCGUCUGCCACCGGCGACAAGUACCUCUUGGGAGUGGGCAAGGCUGACAUCACGGGUCCCGUGGUCGAGAUCGGCUUCGCCGGGUACGCUGACCUGGCGCAGAAGGGAAACGGUCUGCGCCAACGUCUGUACAGCCGCGCAUUCAUCGUGGCCGACGUCAGCAAGCCGGACGACCGCUUCAUAUACUUGGUGCUGGAUACGCAGGCCGGCGACACGGCCAUGCGCUACGGCAUCCUCGACGCUCUCGAGGCCCUCGGGGGCGAGUACGGGGUGUAUAACGCCAACAAUGUCGUCGUGUCGGGCACCCAUAGCCAUUCCGGCCCGGGAGCGUGGUUCAACUACCUGCUUCCGCAGAUCACGACGUUCGGCUUCGACAGGCAGAGCUACCAGGCCAUCGUGGACGGAGCGAUUCUCUCGAUCAAGCGAGCACACGAGAGCAUGGAAGAGGGCUACCUCGACGUCGCAACGUCCGAGGUCGAGGACGGCGCGGUCAACCGUUCCCUAUACGCCUACCUGAACAACCCGGAGGAGGAGCGCGGCAGGUACGACUCGCCCGUCGACACGACGCUGACGCUCCUGCGCUUCCAACGUGCCUCGGACGGCAAGGACAUGGGCGUGCUCACCUGGCACGCCGUGCACGCCACGUCCAUGCUGGGCAACAACACGCACGCCUCGGGCGACAACAAGGGGCUGGCGUCGUGGAUGGUCGAGAGGGACGUGGGCGCCACGGACCAGGCGGCCGACGGGUUCGUCGCCGCCUUCAGCCAGGCCAACCACGCCGACACCAGUCCCAACGUGCUGGGUGCGUGGUGCGACGACGGCUCUGGCGAGAUGUGCGACUUCCAGAAGGCCACCUGCUCUGACGGGACGGUGACCGACUGCCACGGACGCGGGCCCGAGUUUCAGGCUCUCGACCUGGGCGUGUCUAGCUGUCAUGAAAUGGCGACGAGGUUCGCAUCGGCGGCCAAAGAGGCAUAUUACUCGCUCUCAUCGUCUUCGACGUCCAUCUCGGGACCGACGGUCAAGUCGUUCCACUUCUUCCACGACAUGCGGUUCUGGAACUUCACGCUCCCCAACGGCACCGCGGCGACGACGUGCCCGGCGGCGCUGGGGUACUCGUUCGCGGCGGGUACGUCGGACUGGCCGGGCCUGUUCGACUUCACGCAGGGUGAUUCGGGGCAGCCGGACGCUAACCCGCUUUGGGAGCUGGUCAAGGGGCUGCUGCGGGAACCGUCGGCGGCGCAGAAGGCGUGCCACGGGGCGAAGCCGAUCCUCCUGGACGUGGGGGAGAUGUCGGAACCGUACCCGUGGGCGCCCAACAUCGUGGACAUACAGGUGGUGCGGGUCGGGCAGCUGCUGAUCGUGGCGAGCCCGUCCGAGGUGGAUACGAUGGCGGGGCGCCGGUGGAGGGAGGCCAUAGCGGACGAGGCGUCGUCGACGUUCCUGGCGGGGGACGACGACGACGAGCCCAUCGUCCUGCUGACCAGCCCGGCCAACACGUACGCGCACUACCUCACCACGCCGGAGGAGUACGACGUGCAGCGGUACGAGGGCGCCUCCAACCUGUUCGGCCGCCACUCGCUCGACGCCUACAUCAACCUCACGGUCGGCAGCCUGAGCGAGUACCUCGCACCCGGGGCCACCGGCCUGCCGGACCCGGGCCCCCCCGCACCGGACAACCGCGACGUCGCCAUCUCGCUCAGCCCCGGGGUCGUCGUGGACGCGUCGCCGCUGGGGAAGAGCUUCGGUCAGGUCCUCUCGCAGCCGAACUCGUCGUACGUGCUCGGCGACGUCGUCAAGGUCACCUUCCAGGGGGCCAACCCGAGGAACAACCUGCGGCUGGAGGAGACGUUUGCGGCCGUGGAGAAGAAGGAUGACGGUGCGGGAUGGUCCACGGCCGCGGACGACUCGGACUGGUUCCUCGUGUAUACCUGGCGUCGCACGAAUAGUGUAUUGGGGUACAGCGAGGUCGACGUUACGUGGGAGACGGCGGGGGAUGCCGAAGCGGGGACGUAUAGGGUCAGGUAUUUUGGUGACGCAAAGAGUUUGGUCGGGUCGAUUACUGCGUUUGACGGAACGACGGACGAAUUUACUCUGAGCUGA